UCUGCUUAUACAUAUGAAUCUCUCUGCUCGACUCAAAUAGUGAAUACCAAGUAACCAGGCCAAGGGUCUUCUCAAAACUCCUCUCUGCUUUUGUUCUUUUUGUUUUUCCAUGGCCGCUUCCAUCCCAUCCGUCCCCAGACCCAUUUACCAAAACCCAGCUGUAUACGUUUCUAAAGCAAUUCCGAAGAAUCUUUCAUUAUUAUCAGGACCUGGGUUUCGGAAUUUUCUUAUUCAUGGGUCCUUUAGAAAUUCAACCAGGAAUGAAGCUUUGGGAGAUUGUAGAAUUCAUACGUCUGAUAUCCCACUUCUAAGUUGUGCAGAGGCAAUUGCAAAUCUAAAAACUUACCGAGCAAUUGAAAAUCUAAAAUCUCACGGAGUAAACAAUAAAGGCAACCAAAAAUUCCUGGCCAUGUACUCUAGCAUAUUUGGUGGAAUAACAACAGAUUCAGCUGCCAUGGUGAUUCCUAUAGACGACCACAUGGUCCAUAGGGGUCACGGUGUCUUUGACACUGCUGCCAUUGUAGACGGACAUCUGUAUGAGUUGGAACAACAUCUUGACAGAAUCCUAAGAUCAGCAGCCUUGGCCAAAAUUAAUCUACCAUUUGAUAGGGAUAGCAUAAGAAGCAUACUUAUACAGACAGUGAGUGCCUCAAACUGCAGGAAUGGAUCGCUGAGAUACUGGCUUUCAGCAGGACCUGGUGAUUUCCUUUUGUCUCCAUCUGCUUACCUUAAACCAGCUCUUUAUGCUGUAGUAUACCAAGAUCAAUCACCUUUUGAUUCAAAGGGAGUCAAAGUAGUAACUACGUCGAUCCCAAUAAAACACCCUCAAUUUGCAACCGUGAAGAGUGUGAAUUACCUUCCAAAUGUUCUUUCCAAGGUUGAAGCUGAAGAAAAGGGUGCAUUUGCAGCCAUUUGGCUGGACGAUGAAGGGUUCAUAGCUGAAGGGCCAAACAUGAAUUUGGCAUUUGUUACAGAAGAAAAGGAAUUUCUAAUGCCUCAAUUUGACAAAAUUCUUAGUGGAUGCACGGCUAAGAGAGUUUUUACUCUUGCACAAAAGCUGGUUGGGGAGGGCAAGCUUCAUGGAGUUAGAGUAGGGAAUCUGACCGUGGAGGAAGGGAAGAAAGCAAGUGAGAUGAUGCUUAUUGGCAGUGGAGUUCUUGUUCGUCCCGUAUUAUAUUGGGAUGAACAAGUUAUUGGCAAUGGUAAAGAAGGUGUUGUGACUCAAGCUCUCUUGAAUCUUCUUCUUGAGGACAUGAAAACCGGACCCCCUACUGUUCGAGUGCCUGUUCCUUAUUGAGUUAUUUUUCUUCUGUUGUUGGCAUUUUGAUGAAAUUUAAGCACCAGAAAAAUGCAUCUCGAUCUAGCUAAUUAUGAUGUCCUUGUGAGUCUCUUUAGCAAGUUACUGCUGGCUUUUCUGUUAUAGUGGGGCUACCCCUGUUGGCAUAUUCCCCAUUUUCUUCAGUUGGAAAAAAAGAAAGAGAACUUUACAAUUUGCAUAGCAUCCUUGUAAAAGGUGAUUGCAGUUGGUGUAAAAAGGUAACCACUGUGUAUGCUUCAUUUGUUAAUAAAAAAGGUACUGAAGAAAGGAUUUUCUGUUGUGAUCAA